AUGGUGCAACAACAGCAACAUAAGAUGACUUCUGGCAAGGCUACUACUCCAGCAAACAAGCACAACGUCAUGCUCUUCUUGAUGGUGAAUUGCAUCCAAAUCCUCUGCGUGCUUAUUGUGCUCAUGCAAGCUCUGUCAACGACCGAACUUCGAGGAAACUUCUACUACGCCGAUCGAGUACUUAAAAAAUCUGACGGUCUUCGAUGCAAAGAAUUCGUCAUAUACAACGCUGAGCCGCCAACACCGCAGGAGAAAUUGGAUGAACACCUCAGCAAUAGCGGAUAUGCUACAUUGAAAGAUCGAGAGGAGAGAAGUGAAGGCAGCAAGGACAACACUCCUAGUUCUGGACGAAUCCUGACAAUUCUGGAGCGCAGCCUGAAAGUCACUGGCGACGAAGUAAAUUCGACCACUGGGGAAUUGAAGAUGCGCAUUUCUCUUCUCUUCGAAUGGAAAACCGGUCAUGGUCAGCUUGAUGUGUUGCAAAUGCCAGAAGAUGCCGAGAAUCUGACGGAAAGUAUUCUUGGAGAAUCUCCAGAUAUAGCCUCAUUGAAUACAAGUCUACCGAACAUUACUUCAACAGACAAAGGGGCCGCCAACACCGCCAAAAUUCCUCUGCCUUCGGUUGCCAGUGCAGCAAAUUCUGUGGAGACAAAAGAUGUUGAGGAGAAGGAAGAUCCGGUCAAUUCUGACAACCAAAUACAGCCUCGCUUCCCCAAUGGGACUCACGCCUACAAGAUCAACAAAAUGGAAGGAAUGCAAGAAAACAAGCCUGCCGAUGUUUUCGAUCCGUUCAACCAUGUAGCAAAGCAUUUGCUCGUCUACACUCUAGCCAGUUUUCUCCAUCUGAUUCUUCAAUUCUGUCGCUGUGCUCUCAGCGACAAUAAUGGACGUUAUUCGGUUUGCGAGCUGAUUUUUCUGGUGGUCUCAAUUGUCGUUUGGGGAAUUAUGCUUGUCUUGACUUCCUCCACGAGCGUCAACUGGGACAGUUUAUGGAUGUGCACAAAUUUCCGACCGGAGAAGCCCAAAGUCUUCAUUGUGGCGGUGAUUUGUUCUGCUGUGCUGGUUGUUCUCUACCUGUUCGAGGCUCUGUAUGCAUGCGAGAUGAUGUUCGUCGAGGAAGCGACCAAAAAUGUGAAGGUGGAAGGGGGGAAGUCUGAAGCUUCUUCCCCUCCAAAGAAUAACAACGCCAUUGUUGCCGCUUCGACUGAUGACACUACUAGUACCUCCAUUCUGUUGCCAUUCACUGUUCAUGGAGGCAAGAUUGGAGGCAACAUCCAGCAGGCUAAACUUGUGCGAGAAGACUUCUGCAUGAUAACCGUAAAGGAGAACUAA